AUGGGGCUGCCAGACGACAGCGGUGGAGGAGGCAGGAGCGGGCGGUUGGAUGGGGCACAACAUCUGACUGAUAUAAGGACUGUGAUAGUUGGAGCUUCUUGGGCUGCAAGAAGCUCUGCAGGCAACGUCAUUCUGGGGGAAGAAGCUUUUGAAGUUGACGAUUCAAGAACAACAGUGCGCUGUGCAGUUGGUCAUGCUAAAGUACAUAGCAGACAGCUAACAGUGGUCGACACUCCAGGCUGGUACUAUAACAGUCCUCUUGAAAACACAUCAGAGAUGGACAAACUUGAGAUUAGACGUAGUGUGUAUCUAUGCCCUUCUGGACCACAUGCUAUUUUGUUAACUGUUCCUGUUGCCACAGCUUUUAACAAGUCUUAUCAAACUGCUGUGGAGGAACAUAUGAGUCUUUUGGGGGAAAAUGUCUGGAAUCAUACAAUUGUGCUGUUCACUCGAGGAGACUGGCUUGGCGAUACAACCAUUGAGGAACGUAUCGAGAUAGAAGAAGGACGCCUUGAGUGGCUGAUGGAAAAAUGUGGAUACAGAUAUCAUGUUUUAAAUUGUAAACAGCACAAUAACAACACACAAGUAGUGGAACUCCUUGAAAAGAUUGAAAAAAUGGUGACGGAGAACAAUGGCUGUUAUUAUGUUCCAGAAAUAAAGAGUGAUCCAGUCACUGAGCUUGAAAAGAAGAUGAAAACUGCAAGUACUAACAAGAUGAACGUGAGCAAGCAAAGACAUAGCCUUAAAGAGUUGCUUAAAGAACGAAAAUACAAUCUCAAAGAUGUGAGGAUCGUGCUUCUUGGAGCAGAGGGAGUCGGGAAGAGCACGUCAGGAAACGUUAUUCUGCAAGGAUAUUUUUUUGAGCCCACACUGGGAGAGGGUCAUGAAAUCCAUACAAGGCAAUGUGUAACAAAACAGAGGAAAGUUGAGGGACGUCAUGUCUCAGUGGUGGACACACCAGGCUGGUCCACAUCAACUCUGGAAAAUGCCAAAGAAAUGUUGUGCAGUCUGGAAGUUUGUUCUCCAGGACCUCAUGCAUUCCUGCUAGUGUUGCCUGUAUGCAAGCCUUUUACAAAGAAAUGUCAACAAACAGUAAAGGAGCUCAUGAGCCUUUUUAGAGAGAAUGUCUGGAGACAUACAAUAAUAUUAUUCACUGAGGCACACUGGCUGAAGAAUACACCAGUUGAGGAGUAUAUUGCAUGUGAAGGAGAAGCUUUGCAAGAGUUGAUAAGUAAGUGUGGAAACAGAUAUCAUGUGAUAGAGAAUGACUGGAAUAACAGAUCUCAAGUCAGAGCCUUGUUAAAGACGAUUGAACAAAUGGUGGCAAGAAAUAGAGGUGAAUACUUCACUCUUGAAAAAAAGGCAAGCAAGCCAGCAGUCCUCGGGUGGCUCAGUGGGUCAAAGACACUGACUGAAGAGGAGUGGAUGAAACGUGAGGAUGAACUUAUUGACAGGGUGUUGAAAACACUAGUGGUGGAUCCAGAUGAAAACCCCAAGCAGUCACCUCACCAACUAAAAGGAAGUUUUGAUGGCUCAAUCCCAAAUAGUAUGUUUCUGUUUAUAUACAAAUAUAUAAUGAGUGGAGAUUCUGGAUUUUCUGAUGGAAACAGUGUAUCUGGAGUUGAUGUUCUCAACUCUACUGUUAAAGUAAGUAGUUGGCUUGGGCGUCCAGGAAAUGAUGCAACAUCAUCUGGAUAUGACACCAUGAGCACUGCAUCCAGUACUCAAUAUCAGAAGAUGGAAGAUGUCAAGGUUGAUAUUCCAGUGUCCAGACACCCAGUGGGCACUCUGAAACCUCUGUUGUGCUCGUGUGGGACAAGAUGCUAG